AUGGAGGCGCUGCAGGACAAGAAGGUGGAGUUCUUCUCCAUGGAGAACAUGAAGAACAACGAGAAGGCUGUCGAGUACGUGCACACAUCCAUGUGCGUCAUUGCUGGCUGCAUCGCGGGAAUCACAGGCAUGACGGGCUUGCAAGGCUUCGUUUUCUUGGCUGCUGCCUACGUGUUCACCGCUGCCUCGAUCUGGGUCGUCAAGCUCGGCAUGGACGUCAAGGUUUACUUCAACACGAAUGCCUUUAGCUUCAUCUUCGCGGGGGUCAUGUCCCAGGCGCUGUCCUUCAUCCUCUUCUGGACGCUUUCCUACGGACUCGUGCAUAUUUAUUGA